CAAAAAGGAAAAAACAAAAUGUCGGUUUCACUUCAUAAAUUUCUCACUCAUUUUCCCGGAAAGUUACAAAGGCAUUCCUUUUUCAGGUUCUCAAGUCAAGUCACAGAAACACAAGAGUAGAACACACAAAAAAAAAAAGCUGGAGCUUUAGCUAUUUUUGUAUUCUUGAAACAUGAUCUUGACUUUCUGAUUUUUAUAAUUCUAAUUCAGAGAGCUCUCAGAAAGUGUGAGAUAAUGUUGGCACUAAUGAAUUGUGCUUCUUCAUCUUUCUCAUCCUCUUCAUCUUCUUCUUCUUCAUCCUCUCCCACUUCUUCCUCUUCAUGUUCUCCAAGGAACAGAGAGAACAUGGUUCUGCAGAGUGGUGUUGAUGUGUCAUCUCCAACUUUCUCUUCAGACACAAAACUUAUUGAUAAGAGUAUAAUUACUCACAAAAGCUCCAAUCUCUGUCUCAUCCCAAAGUCUUCAGAAGAAUUGAAGAAAGAGAUUGCUUCCAUCGAGUUAGAGAUUCUACAAAUGGAACGUUACCUAUUGUCACUAUACAGAAAAUCUUUCGAGCAGCAAGUUUCUUCCUUGUCUAAUCUCUCUGCAACAACGUUACCACGUUCAUUGACCACUUCACCAUCAUCAUUAACUCUCUCAAACAACUACCAAGCUUACGAGAAACCCAUCUCGUAUCCUAGGUGUUUCAACACUAGCUUGAAAGCCUUAUCUUCAAGAGAAGGGACUAGAGAAGUAUCUGGUAAGCAGAGUCUUGGAGAGCUUCUUGGAUCAUCUCAUAUAGUUGAUGAUCAACACAACUUUAUAAACCCUAAUAAACUCUCUGAAGAUAUCAUGAGAUGCAUAUCUUCUGUGUACUGUACACUUUCAAGAAGCUCAACACCAAGAAGAGAUUCCUCAGCUUGUUUCUCUGCUUCUCCUCUUUCAUCAUUGUCGAAUUCAUCAACCCUUUUCUCUUCAAAAUCCGAUAAAUGGAGUAUGCAUUGCGCUAGUGAGGAUCGUUUGAUGAAUCAUAGUAAAGAUCAUGGCAAUGUUUUGCCUUGUGGUGCUCUUGUAAUAGAUGCUCUUAAAGUACACUUGGAUGAUAGUAGUUUCAGUUACGCUGCUCUUAUGUUGCAAAAGUUCAGAUCAUUGGUUCAGAAUCUUGAGAAAGUUGAUCCGAGUAGAAUGAAACGCGAAGAGAAGCUUGCGUUUUGGAUUAACAUUCACAAUGCUCUUGUAAUGCAUGCUUACUUAGCUUAUGGAACUCACAACCGUGCAAGAAACACCUCUGUUUUGAAGGCAGCUUAUGAUGUUGGAGGCUAUCACAUAAACCCUUUCAUCAUUCAAAGCUCAAUCUUAGGAAUCAGACCUCAUUACUCAUCACCAUCACCUUUACUCCAAACACUGUUUUCACCUUCAAGAAAGUCCAAAACGUGCAGUGUUAGACACGUUUACGCAUUGGAAUACCCAGAGGCUUUAGCUCAUUUCGCUAUAUCUUCAGGAGCAUUCACAGAUCCCACGGUUCGAGUUUACACUGCGGAUAGAAUCUUCAGGGAUCUAAGACAAGCGAAGAAAGAGUUUAUAAGAAGCAAUGUUCGUGUUCACAAAGGGACAAAGAUUUUGCUGCCAAAGAUCUUUCAGCAUUACGUUAAAGACAUGUCAAUGGAUGUGUCUAAGCUCAUGGAAGCAACAGCUCAGUGUUUACCUGAGGAUGCGAGGAGGAUUGCUGAGAAAUGUUUGAAGGAGAAGAAGAGUAAGAGUUUUGAAUGGUUACCGGAGAACUUGAGUUUCCGGUAUGUCAUUGCCGGAGAAUUGGUGGGAGGAAGAAACAAUACCUUAUGAUAGGUCUUAGUACUUUUUAUUCAUAGGAGUUUUUGUGUGUUUGGCCAAAAGAUGUGAUUAAAUAAUUUAAAUAACCGUUAGUGUUUGAUUUCAUAUAUUUGUAUUUCAGACUGGUGUAAAGCAAGAGUUUUUUCAAUUGAAAAAAAUGUAGAAUUGAG